CAGCAAUUUAAAAAUUCAAAACAAGGGCUUUUUGUCGUGGACGUGUGUUCUCGGAGACUACCACAACAUUAGAGGAGAAAAUGGAGGCUUUGGGAGAUCGUCUAAAGGUGAUGGUUAAAAUCUUCAGGCGAGAGUGCCACAGGGUUAUAAACUCUGAGAGGACCACCAUUCAUGGAGCUGAUGGCAUGCUAAUGUUGCUGCAGCUGGCCAUAGCAGAAGUUAACAAGCAGCACGCUGGAGAGUUCAAAGUGGCUCUGAGUGAUGUCCUGAUGGCCUGGAAACACUUACUGCUAGACAAACUUCACCUGCCACCCCCCAACUCUGCACGCUUGGAGAACUAUGAUCUCAUCCUGGAGGCUUACGAGUCCUCCCUGAAACGCUCCAACACCGUGGACCUGGUUGAUAUCCUCUCCAUGUACGAACAGUUGAGACUAGUGGACUCAGACCCGGGGGAGCCUGUGAGCCCGAUCCUGCUGUUUGAGUUCUUAUCUGGAAACAUGGAGGUCUCAGAGUUGCCAGACUCUUCAGUCCCAUCAACACCAUCUAGUAAAAGCAGAGGCUGCAGCUCACAGGUGAAAAUGGCCGUCAGAAGGGUUUUCUGCUCCUAUCUGAAUCUGCUUGUGAACGCCAAGAACGACAUGGCCUUGGCGCUGACCCUCGACGUCCCCAGUCGCACUCUUGGACGACAGGCAUUUACCGACAUCAAGCAUGCCGCGCACAACAACAACACCUCUCUAUUCUUGGCUGUGACAUCUUUUGUGAGGGCCAUCCAGCUCGGAGGGAAGGGCUACGCUCCAGCUGAGUCUGACCCACUGAGGAAGCAUGUCAAAGGCCUGUCUGACUUUGUCCAGUUUCUAGACAACCUGGAAGAAAUUCUGGGAGAGAUUCCCAACCCAAGCGUGUGUGGAGCCAGGCUGGUCAGCGCCAUCAGGGCGGCGCUGGUGAAGGGACGCAGCAGUGAAGACCCGGUGUACGCUGCAGCCGAGGAGACGACAAAGGAGCUGAAGGAGAGGAUCUGCCAGCUACACCAGAUCCAGAAACAGACCGCUAAUGGAAUCGGGACGGGGAUAAGCCCUGCCAGGCCAAAGGCUUACGCAGUCAAUCACUGCACUGCAUACGGGGGUCGGGACACCGUGAAGGUGCUGAUGGCUCUGCUGGAUGAAGAGGCGCUGACUCCACCGUGUCGGAACAAAGCAGACCUUCUGUCUGAGGACCAGCCCGUCCUCAGUGGAGCCGAGGCGACCUGCAUCCUCAGCUUGUUCAGAUCCCCUGAAGUGUCUACUGGAUGUUCUCCAGAACCUCUAAAGAACCGAGUCCAGAGCCGGCUAGACCUGCUCAAACCCAAGGCCAAAGAAAGAGGAAUUCGAUCCCAGUUUGCAUGCACAUACAAAGAUGAAGAAAUGCCUCUCAACCGUGUGCUGGAGUUCCCCAGCAGCAGCCAGGUCCCUACCUGUGUGCACCCGGCACCCAAACACCACACCAUCCCAGCUGUGGAUGAAGAGUGCAGCUCUGAUGUGGAGGAGACGACCAAAGUCUUUCCAGCCAAGUCCACUUCUGAAUGCCCGAAUAAGGAGCAGAGCGGCGUGCGGCGGGGGGCUGCUCUCGGGCCAAGAAGUGGAAAUGCCCAAAACAGAGUUGCGGGCCCCGCCAAUAGAAAGAAAACUGGCACUGAGGCGCAGAGAAAGGGCAACAAGAGGAAGCAGGUGGAUUCUGACCAACAUGGAGGAUCAGAGAACGAGCCUCCGGAGAAGAAACAGCUCACUUGUGUCCCCGUCAAAGUGCCUGGCAAGAAUGUCAGCAAGGCCUCCAGUAAGAAGAAGCUGAUAGCUGGACAGGGAAAGCUCACCAGCUUCUUCAGACUCUAAUGGUCGUUUGUACUGGUUUCAUGAUGGCACAGUUGUACGUGAAUUUUCUGAUUAAGGCUCCAAAUUCUGAUUAUUUUCUUUUUUUAAGUCUCAGUUUAUCUGUUGACUGUUGUUUUCAAUGAACACCUUUUUGGGUAUAUGCUCAUUUGUUUACAUGCUGAGAGUGAUGGAGGACUUUACGCAAAUGAAAGCUAUGAGUUGAUUAGCUUAUUCUAGCAUCAAGCUAAGCUAAACAGCUAGCAUGGCUCUUUUUAAUAAGAUAUAACAAGUUAAUUAGUGAAAAGUGCUUGAAAGUACAUUUUUAAGACUUUGGACGGAGCCCCAAAUUUCAGAUUUUAUGCUAAACUAAGCAAUCUAGCUAGCAGUAGCAUUUAGCGUUCAUCCAUUUUUAUUGUAUAGCGUUUGAAUAAAUGAGACAGACCCAGGAUAACAGUUUUCCUUGAUUUACAAUUGUUAUGCUAAGCUAAGCUAAUUGCCCUUUGGCUGUAACUUUAUAUGUAGCAUGCAAGAGUGGCAUCAAUCUUCUCAUUUAACACUCAGCACUUAAGAGGGUGAAUAUGUUUAAUUAUCUUAAAAUAAUUACUGAGUCUAUAAAAUGUCAGAAGAUAGUGGAUGAAAAGCACAAAGUCUUUAAAUUAGAGAAGCGGGGCAUUUUUGAUAGAAUUUCUUUAUAACUGUGAAUCCAUAAUCAAACUUAUUUAAGAUGAAUUUUCUGUUGAUUAACUAUGUGACUCAUUGUUCGCCACUAAUUUUCCCAUUUAGCAGUGUGGAAAGUGUUGGUGGCAGCAUGAAUACAUCUGAUAGCAGAUCAUUGGCAGACUUGAUCAGUACACGUUCUUCAUUAAGACCUAGUCCUACUUGAAAUGUAUUUAACCGCUAGUUGUAUAUAUUUUUUUUCAACCUGUAAAAUUCCACAGCAAAGUCAACUUUGUAAAUAUGAU